CUUCCUCCUCCUUGGCUCCUCCUUCACCACCACCACCGCCACCAAAACCACCAUUUCCCCAGUUUUUACCAAAUUUUCCUCCUCAUUUUUAUCUAUUUUUUCUAAUUCGCCCAACAACCACCAAUUCACUAAUUCAAAGUCCCAUUGUCUUUGAUUUUAUUUGAUUAAAUUUUUUAGAGGAUUGACUUGAUAGUGGUUCAACUGAAAUCCCUCUUUUGUAACUUUAGAAGAUAAUAAUGGCAGAAGCUGAUAGGGAAAUUAUUAAACCUGAGAUGAUGAAGUCAUAUAUAUGGCUUCAGACCUCAGACGGUUCAUUGCAACAAGUUGAGCAAGAGGUUGCUGUUUUUUGUCCUUGGAUAUGUCAUGAGAUACAUUCAGGCAUGGGAUCAUCAAAGACUUACCCCAUCUCUCUUCCUUCACGGGUCAGUCCAGCCAUGUUGAGUCUGAUUCUUGAUUACUGCCGAUUUCAUCAAGUACCAGGGCGCAGUAACAAGGAGCGGAAGUCUUUUGAUGAGAAAUUUAUUAGGAUGGAUACAAAAAGGCUCUGUGAGUUGACUUCUGCUGCUGACAGUUUGCAACUGAAGCCUCUGGUUGAUCUUACUAGUCGUGCACUUGCACGAAUGAUUGAGGGGAAGACUCCUGAAGAGAUACGUGAUAUCUUUCAUCUUCCUGAUGACCUUACUGAGGAAGAGAAGCUGGAACCUAUAAAGAAUACAAUUGAUGACCCGCGAAUUCGGCUGUUAAAUAGGUUAUAUGCUAGAAAAAGGAAAGAAUUGAAGGAAAGGGAGAGAUUAAAGAAUGUUGAAAUUGAAGAAGAGCGUGUGGAUGAGCGAUCAGUUGAGGACCUCUUAUCUUUUAUUAAUGGUGGAGAUGCAGAGUCCAAAGUGGUCAAAACUUCUAAGACCAAAAAGAAGAAUCGACGAAGGAAGGAACCACAGAAGAACACCCCAGGAAACGACGCUAGUACUUCAAAUAGCACAUCUUUAUCCAGCAAUGCUGUACACAUUGAUAAGGAAUCAAAUGGGCUUGACUCUACAUGUCAUGAUGCUGCAGCCUGUGAUCACCUUCUAAGCGAUCCUGGUAAUCCAUCGAAGCUGCCGUAUAUAGAAGAAGGCUUUUCACCUGAUGAUGAGUUUGAUGAUAUUGACCCAGCUAUGCAAGAGAAGAUUGAUAAGGAAGUUGCGGAUUUUGCUCGAAGAUUAAAUUCAGACUGGCCAGAGAUACUCUCUCUCGGUCAAGAGAGGAGGAGGAUACCAACAGCCAUUAACUGCAAUGGUUCCUUGAAGAGAUAUGCAAGUUCAGCAAGCCUGGCUCCAUAGAUCAAGGAGAUGGACAAGAUGUUACAGAUUUUCAGUCCCAUGACUGGACCAGCAGCAGAAAUGAUCGAUAACCACGUAGCUCUUUAAGAUUUGACCAGCAGUAACAAUUUUAUUUAUUGGCUUGCGCAGCUGGAUUGGUGAUGUCACCGAGAAGUGGGUAGCAUGCAUCAGCGUGAACUCACAAGUGAGCUAGCCGAUUAGCAAUUUUUUGAGAGUCUCAUAUGAAUCAAUUUUGAUCUUUGUGACUUCAGUGUACUCAACAGGAGCACAAUAUGAAGAAAAGAUGUGUUUUUAUAUACCAAUGUUGAUCAAUUUUGUAGAAGAUUUUCGUUCUUUCUUUCUUUCUUUCUUAUAUUCCCCGAGAAGUUUGCGGGUAGUCAUAAAUUUUUGUAGAUAGGAUAGGCAACUCUCUCUUUUUUCCCUUAAAAAGAUCAUAUUGAUACUUCAUCUUAGUUUAGUAAAGAAACUUUUGGCUGUAAAGUUUCCAUUAACAAUCUCUUGUAGGUUUUGAAUUUUCAGUUUCUGGGAUUUUUAUAUUUGUUCCUGUGAAAAGGUUAGUCAUGACUUGAGCAAGAUAGAUGCUCGCAGGACAAGCUUCUUAUCAUUUGUUAUUUUUUUAAUUGCUUUCACAGAAUAGAUGUAACCUUUCA